CCGCCACUCCCCAGCCUUCCCCCACCCAGCCCACCUCACCCCGCCCCGCCCCGCCCCACCCCUCCGCGCCUCUCCGGUUUCCUGAGCCGCGCGGGGCAGCCUGGGCGGAGGAGCGGCGUCUCGCACCCCCUCGGCUGGGCCCCGGGGUAAUUCGAUGCGGGCCUGGCGAGGCUCCCCACGCUAGAGCGGGGCUCGCGGCGCGCCUGCCUCCACCCACUGGCCCACCCUACAUGGAGCGCAUCAUGUGAUCCGGCAUCAAUGUGACUCCUGAAACAAAUGGAUGAAUGAAUAUCCCUAUGAAGAGGAAAACAAUCAAGAUUUCCUUAAUAAGGUGUCUUCCCUUUACGUCUGGGCAAGAUCUCCUCCGGGGUAGGAAGUAAUAUCAACUCAUCACUCAUUGUCUGCCAUCCUAAGGGCUGCAGGAUGCUUUGUGAAGCAUAUCAACACCUUUGAGAACAGAAUGUUAAUGCUUGAUGGGAUGCCGGCAGUCAGAGUCAAAACAGAGCUUCUGGAAUCUGAACAAGGGUCUCCAAACGUCCACAACUAUCCCGAUAUGGAAGCUGUUCCCCUGUUGCUAAAUAAUGUGAAAGGGGAACCCCCAGAGGACUCGUUGUCUAUAGAUCACUUCCAGACACAAACUGAGCCAGUGGACUUGUCCAUAAACAAAGCCAGGACAUCCCCAACCGCCGCCUCAUCCUCCCCAGUUUCCAUGACAGCGUCUGCCUCCUCACCUUCCUCAACUUCAACCUCUUCAUCGUCGUCUAGUCGUCCAGCCUCAUCCCCAACUGUGAUCACAUCAGUAUCUUCAGCCUCAUCUUCGUCCACAGUAUUAACUCCAGGGCCCCUUGUUGCCUCUGCCUCUGGUGUGGGAGGCCAGCAGUUUUUGCACAUUAUCCAUCCAGUACCGCCUUCGAGUCCUAUGAAUUUACAGUCCAACAAACUGAGUCACGUUCACCGCAUCCCUGUGGUGGUCCAGUCGGUGCCUGUUGUCUAUACAGCCGUUCGGUCCCCUGGAAAUGUGAACAACACUAUUGUCGUGCCGCUUUUGGAAGAUGGGAGAAGCCAUGGCAAAGCACAAAUGGACCCCCGAGGCCUAUCUCCCAGACAAAGUAAAAGUGACAGUGAUGAUGAUGACCUGCCAAAUGUGACCUUAGAUAGCGUUAAUGAAACUGGAUCUACGGCCCUUUCCAUAGCCAGAGCAGUACAAGAGGUUCAUCCGUCCCCAGUAUCAAGAGUCCGGGGAAAUCGAAUGAAUAAUCAGAAGUUUGCUUGUUCGAUCUCACCGUUUAGUAUUGAGAGCACAAGGCGCCAGAGACGAUCCGAAUCACCGGACUCCAGAAAGCGGCGAAUCCACAGAUGUGAUUUUGAGGGAUGCAACAAAGUGUAUACAAAAAGUUCUCACCUGAAGGCUCAUCGGAGGACACACACAGGUGAGAAGCCCUACAAGUGUACCUGGGAAGGCUGCACCUGGAAGUUUGCUCGUUCCGACGAACUGACAAGGCAUUACCGCAAGCACACGGGAGUGAAGCCGUUCAAGUGCGCGGACUGCGAUCGCAGCUUCUCGCGGUCGGAUCACUUGGCACUGCACCGCCGGAGGCACAUGCUGGUGUGAGAACUGUCGCAGCCGGUCCAGCUGAGCGUAAGAGCUGGGUCUGUUGGCAGCACCCCCAUUCAGCAGGGCUGAAUCCCCUUCACAGUGUUACCACGCCAAGGGCAUCUCCAUCCCACGAUGUCUGAAGCCAGAGCUGGGGGGAGGAGAAGCAGGGGGCCUUCUGUGUUUGCCCAGAAGGUCACCCCCAUCCUGACUGCACACGGCUCCUCUUCACGCUGGCCUGGGAGCCCAGUGACCCAGAUACUGAAGAGACCCAUUGUUCUCUGUGCCGUGUGCUCUGCCAUUUAAA